AUGGAAGGAGAUCAAAUUCAAGAAUUGAAACACGCGUGCAAGUUCUGCGCCAAGUGCUUCCCUUGUGGCAGAUCCUUGGGGGGUCACAUGAGGUCUCAUAUCGCCAACCUGUCGUCGGAGGAAAAAGAAAAGCUUCCCGCGAGGAAGCUUUUUUCAUCGCCUCUCGACAAUGAUGGAGACAAAGAUUCUGAAGCUGCUGCAACCAACGCUGGCUAUGGCCUCAGAGAGAACCCCAAGAAGACUUGGAGAAUCUCAGAUCAUUCAAGCGAAGACGCUUUGGCGUUUGACAAGUUCUGCAAAGAGUGUGGCAAAGGGUUCCACUCUUGGAAGGCCUUGUUUGGCCACAUGAAAUGCCACUCCGAGAAAGAGAGAAUUUCCAACAGCUUGGAAGAUCAAGAUUCUUGGACUAAUGCUAAGGUGGUCAUGGAUAGUCAAUCUGAUAACGAAGCAACUGCUCCAAAUAAGAGAAGAAGGUCCAAGAGAAGAACAAGGUACACGGUUGCUUCUGCUGCAGCAACUUCUUCGGUUGUAUCUUUUGCCAAUCCUUCCUCUUCCAUCUCUGAGGUUGAGCAAGAGCAAGAAGAGGUUGCUAUGAGCUUGAUGAUGCUCAGUAGGGAUGUGAGUCCUUGGAGUGGUCCUCAUUCUGUUGCUGAGUCCUCUGACAAUAACUCUGCUUAUUUCGAAGCUCGAUCUUCAGUUCGAACUAGUCUGGUUGCCAAAUUUGAUGGCAACAAGAAUUUCACUCCUGACAAAUUAAAAGUGAUCAAGCAAAGUCAUAAUAAGGGGGAGGUUGGCAAUUCGGAAAAUCCCAACUCUACCAGAGGGAAGAGUUCACAACUUUUGCCUACUACUGCUUCUACGAGGAUUACUGAAAAUGGAUUUAGAGUGAACAAAAGUGGAGUUUCCAAUAAAGGAUAUGAAAAGGUCAACAAGUCUGAGCUUGAGGAUGUGCCUCCAUUGGAGGAUUCUGAAGGGGAACAUGGGAGGAGCAGAGUCAAUGGACCAGAAUCAAUUUUAUCGAAGUCCGCUACUGGCAGCAAGUACAAUUCAAUCAAGACAAAGUUUCUCGGUUCUGAAUUGAAGUCAAGUAAGAACUGGGUGGACAAGGCUUCAGAAGCUGAAUCUAGCAAGAACUCUCUUAAGAGAGGCAAGUUUGAGUGUACCACUUGCAACAAAAUCUUCCACUCCUACCAAGCUCUUGGAGGCCAUAGAGCUAGCCACAAGAAGAUCAAGGGGUGCUUUGCUUCAAAAAACGAGAGCAGUGAAAACAGCAUUGAAACUGAUCUCUCUCCUGACCCAAUAACAACCGAAAACAAGCUCAUGAAGAACACUGACCGUAAGUAUCUGGGGGAGCACCAACAUGGUUCUGGUUUUCAUAAUGAGGUGGAAACUGUUACUGAGUCCAAGAAGAGCAAGGGGCAUGAGUGCCCAAUUUGCCUCAAAGUUUUUCCAUCAGGCCAAGCCCUGGGUGGCCAUAAGAGAUCUCAUAUGACGGGUGGGUCUGAGAGUAGAAGCUUUCAAACAGUUGUACUUCAGGAACCAGUGGCAGAAAUUAGGGACUUACUUGAUCUUAAUCUUCCAGCUGCUACUGAGGAAGAAAGCAACAGUCAUGCUGACUCAAACAAACCCUGGUGGAUAGUAGAAGACAACCACAAGCAGGAGGCACUGGUAGGCCUGAUCUCAUAG